UGGGCCCCAUUGCUUGGCCUAGGCCGGCUCCAGAAGGUGCAGAGUUGGGAGACAGUUGUGGGGCAUGCGGUGCUGCAAGGGCACUCCGGGUCCAGGAGCUUCCGAGCGGGCUCGAUUUUCCGCGGCUGUUUAAGGAGUAGAACUUCGGUAGCCGCGGAGCUGGAGGGGAACCUGAUUUGAGAUCAAUUCUUGGAGAACACAAAGAAGUGUGGUGGUAUGUUCCAGGAGAGAAGAGGGUCAGGAGAGAAUAACUCACGGUAGGAUACAACGUGAAACAGUUCCACGAAGAGUGUGACAAUGUUCCUGGUACAAUAUACAGGAUUGAACCAGCUGCCAUUUGACCCUGCCAACAACAACGAACCCCUGCAGUUUGGUAGUGCCACUGGCCCUCUGGUCGCAGAUGGCCUCAUUGAGAAUGGAGGGGAUUCAAGCAAGAAAAGAAAGAGAACAAAUACUCCUGCAGCUGAUAAUACUAGAACUCUGAAUGUAGAUUCUACUGCAAUGACGCUGCCUGUGUCUGAUCCAAAUGCAUGGGCCACAGCAAUGAAUAAUCUUGGAAUGGCUCCACUGGGAAUCGCUGGACAACCAAUUUUACCUGACUUCGAUCCUGCCCUUGGAAUGAUGACUGGAAUACCGCCAAUAACUCCAAUGAUGCCUGGUUUGGGAAUAGUCCCUCCACCAAUUCCUCCAGAUAUGCCUGUAGUAAAAGAGAUCAUACACUGCAAAAGCUGCACUCUCUUCCCUCCCAACCCAAAUCUCCCACCACCUGCAACACGAGAGAGACCACCAGGAUGUAAGACAGUAUUUGUGGGUGGCCUGCCUGAAAAUGGGACAGAACAGAUCAUUGUGGAAGUAUUCGAGCAGUGUGGAGAAAUCAUUGCUAUCCGGAAGAGCAAAAAGAACUUCUGUCACAUUCGCUUUGCUGAGGAGUAUAUGGUAGACAAAGCCCUCUAUCUGUCUGGUUACCGAAUUCGCCUGGGCUCUAGUACUGACAAGAAGGACACAGGCCGGCUCCAUGUUGACUUUGCCCAGGCUCGGGAUGACUUGUAUGAGUGGGAGUGUAAACAGCGUAUGCUAGCAAGAGAGGAGCGGCACCGUAGACGGAUGGAGGAGGAAAGACUGCGUCCACCAUCCCCACCCCCAGUGGUCCACUAUUCAGAUCAUGAAUGCAGCAUUGUUGCUGAGAAACUAAAAGAUGAUUCCAAAUUCUCGGAAGCUGUGCAGACCUUGCUCACCUGGAUAGAGAGAGGAGAAGUGAACCGCCGCAGUGCCAACCACUUCUACUCCAUGAUCCAGUCAGCCAACAGCCAUGUCCGCCGCCUGCUGAACGAGAAAGCUGCCCAUGAGAAAGAGAUGGAAGAAGCAAAAGAGAAGUUCAAGCAGGCCCUUUCUGGAAUUCUUAUUCAGUUUGAGCAGAUAGUAGCUGUGUACCAUUCGGCUUCCAAACAGAAGGCAUGGGACCACUUCACAAAAGCCCAGCGUAAAAACAUCAGUGUUUGGUGCAAACAAGCCGAGGAAAUCCGCAACAUUCAUAAUGAUGAAUUAAUGGGAAUCAGAAGAGAAGAAGAAAUGGAAAUGUCUGACGAUGAAAUAGAAGAAACAACAGAAACAAAAGAAACGGAGGAAUCAGCCUUAGUAUCACAGGCAGAAGCUCUGAAGGAGGAAAAUGACAGCCUCCGUUGGCAGCUGGAUGCCUACCGGAAUGAGGUAGAACUGCUCAAGCAAGAACAAGGCAAAGCCCACCGGGAAGAUGACCCAAACAAGGAACAGCAGCUGAAACUUCUGCAGCAAGCUCUUCAAGGGAUGCAACAGCAUCUGCUCAAAGUCCAAGAGGAAUACAAAAAGAAAGAAGCUGAACUUGAAAAACUCAAAGAUGACAAGUUACAGGUGGAAAAAAUGUUGGAAAAUCUUCAAGAUAAGGAAAACUGUGCUUCUAGACUGUGUGCAUCAAGCCAGGAAAGUGACCACCCUCCUGAGAAGACCAUGGCCGGCAGUCCUAUCAAAUCUGAACGUGAAGCACUGCUAGUGGGGAUCAUCUCCACAUUCCUGCAUGUUCACCCAUUUGGAGCGAGCAUUGAAUACAUCUGUUCCUACUUGCACCGUCUUGAUAAUAAGAUCUGCACCAGUGAUGUGGAAUGUCUGAUGAGUAGACUCCAGCAUACCUUCAGACAGGAAAUGACCGGAGUUGGAGCCAGCCUAGAGAAGAGGUGGAAAUUCUGCGGUUUUGAGGGCUUGAAGCUGACCUGAAUCUCUUUGCCUAGCAAUUUGGGAUCCUGAACAUAAAUGUGUGCUGGACAAGCUUAGGACAUGAUUUUGUAUCUCAGUGGUUUUCAAGUGGACGUUGUUUUCAAUUUGUCAGUUCAUUCCUGAAUAUCUUUCAAGUUAAAAUAAGGAUCCUAGAACAGCACCUCAAGCUACAGGUCCUAAAAAGAAAUUGCCUCAAACCUCAAGUGCUGUAACUUCCUCCUAUUUCUGGCAAUUGGUUGUCUUUUCUUAUAAGUAAUAUUGAAAAAUUCCUGAGGCUAAAGAGUAUUUGGAAUGUUUUCAGUGUCUGUACUACUGUUGUAGACCUUGUAUGUUUUCAACACUGUUAACUGAAAUGUUUUGAUGAUUUGUGUGUGGUUUGUGUUUCUAGAUUUCUCUUCACAUGUUGCUGCUUGUAAAAAGGAAUAAGGAGUGUUAGGAACUCCCUGUAACUGCCAUUGUCUUUCCAGUCCACAGUAAACAGUAAAUGAAUAAUCCAUCAGUGUCUUCGCCAAGGUGCUUCACCAGUUCACCUUUAACAAACAAGCAUGAACUGUGGCUUUUUGUAAAAGUACUAUGAACCAAAAGUUGACAAAUGUUCCAAAGUUAUUUUCUCUAAUAGAUAAAAGGUCUAUUUCAGAAUUUUAAAACAAGAAAUCUAGAUGGAUUCAAAGAAAGUCUCCAGUGCGACUAUUGUGUUUGUGCUUUUCAGAACUACUUGUAAAUAGUCUGCUUUUAAAAGAGGGCAUGUUUAGUUUUCUAUGAAUUAAAAUCAGUCAGGCGUGCGCACACAUGCACAUAUUGGCAGAAAGGAUUUAUUUUAAUAGUCCUUCCCCUCUGGCCUUCUUAUAGUCUGUUGGUCCCUUUCUUCCCGCUGUUAGUGUGUUGAAUUGCAAACUGUGUACUGCUGUAAAUACUGUUUACUUCAUGCUGACUGUUUGUAAAGAACUGAUGUGAGUAUUGAACGUAGUGAACUAAUGAAUAAAUAACAGGCGGGGUGUGUGAGGCGUCCUGCACAUAUGUCAACUCCCCUCAGAAUGCUGACUGACAGGGAUAGCUCUGGUUCAGUUGUGCCCAUCUGUACAUUUCGAUGGCCUCGCCAAAUUUAAGUGGACCAUUCAAGAAGUCCUGCUUGAUAGGAAAAGAAAAUGGCAGAAUUUGAGGCUGUUAUCCUGAGGUAAGCUGGUCUUUAUUAUUUUUGUGGUAGUAAUGGUGGUUCUUCUAAUUCCACAAGCAUGGCCUCCCUUGAGUUCACUUGAAGGUAAGAGAAUGCACUGAGUGAGCACAGGCAAUGAGAGCAUUGCCUGAAAGUACUUUGCAAAUGAGAUAUGAGUAGUGUUCAAAGAUGUAUUUUUAAAAUACAAAUAUUCCGUUUUAUACCUCA